AUGAAUAAAAGCCCGCUGAGCUCCAACUUUGCUCUCAGUUCCCGAUCUCGCACGGCAUCAAACACCACUCAGAAAAACACCGGCCGGUAGCCAUUACCCAACUUUUGUGUGUUUCCAUCCCUCCCACGAGUCUGCUUAACACGUAAUAACACAGAAUGUUGAACACUUACCUCGUCAUUGCGAGCGCUCUGGUAGCGGCUCAGGUAACAGCAUUUCCCAAUGGUGCUCCUCGUAGCGUGUGUGCAUCCAUGGCACCCAUUCACAUGCUUUUUGGUGCACAAUCUGGGGAUGUUCCUUUUACUUUGUCAGUAAGCAGCGGAGAAUCCAAUUCUGCCUCACCCGUCACAGUUACAUUACAAGCUACCGGGGAUGCCGAUUUCAGGGGCUACAUAAUCCAGGCUCGAUCUGGGACUGAAACAACUGGCAUUGGCAGUUUCAGUGCUGAAGGAAGUCAGGGCAAAACAAUGGACUGCCCAGGCGGAAAAGCGAACGCUGUGACUCAUUCAAGCCGAGAUAGAAGGAAGAACGAAACAUUUUUGUGGACUCCACCUGCAGAUUUCCAAGGACAAGUUACAAUGAAGGCUACCGUUGUCGUUGGUUUCAGGACAUUCUACACAGAACUGCAUUCAACUCCCGUUACUGUUGUAUAAAUUAGACUUGACUGUGUCAAUGAACUGACCUUAUGCUGGUGAUUGAGCAAUAACUACCAACUAUGGCUUGCUGCAAGGUUUUCCAGUGCUGUUUUAAUGUGGUGUGUGUUCGUUGAGGACACUUUGUUGGGAUCUUAUUUUAUAACUUUUUGCCUUGACAUUAUACAUACGUAUUGUGAUGAUCAGUAAGACUGAUAUAUCAACCUGAUAUCAGACAUGAAUUCCACAAAUUGUGACACUGAAUUUGUUAAUUUUAUCAUGACUUUUUAAAUAAAAGUGGCCUUAUUUUGGCAAA